ACAAACAUUUGGGGCAGGAGUUAUGCAGUGAAAUGUAUCGCAUCUUGAAAAGUAAAUUUGGUUUCAACCAAUUUCGCCACCGCCAGAAACAUGCUAUUAUUGCAGCUCUUCUUGGAUACGACUGUUUUAUCCUCAUGCCAACGGGAGCUGGAAAAAGUCUCUGUUACCAGCUUCCAGCUGUUUUGUCAAAAGGUGUUACGGUUGUUAUCUCUCCUCUCAAGUCACUAAUCGAAGAUCAGAAAAUGAAAAUGAAGGAGCUUGAGGUUUGCUGUUAUGCGUUGACAUCUGAGCUCAGUCAGGCUGAAUCUGAUCGAAUUUAUGCCAUGUUGAAUGAAAGCUCUCCAAAAAUAAAAUUGCUUUAUGUGACGCCCGAAAAGAUAGCUGCUUCCGAAAAAUUGAAUAACGUCUUCCUUUCUUUACAUCGAAGGGGCUUGCUUACUCGAUUUGUCGUCGAUGAAGCGCAUUGUGUUUCUCAGUGGGGUCAUGAUUUUCGGCCUGAUUAUACGAAACUGCAAUCCCUGAGAAGGAUGUUCACGAACCCAGUAGUGCCAGUAAUGGCCCUUACUGCCACAGCAACACCAAAAAUCGUAACUGAUACCCGAGUACAUUUGGCGAUUCAACAAAGCAAAUUGUUCAUAAGCAGUUUCGUGAGGACCAAUUUGAAGUACGAUGUCAUUGCUAAAGGACCACGUUCAUUAGUGAGAGUAAUGGAUCGCAUGAAAAUUUUGUAUCCGGGCAAAUCAGGAAUUAUUUACUGUCUUUCAAGAAAAGAUUGUGAAUCAGUCUCAAAAAUGUUGGAAAACCAGGGUAUAUCUUCAGAGGUAUAUCAUGCAGGAUUAAGUGAUAAAAAGCGACGUGAAGUGCAGACGAAGUGGAUCAACAAUCGAAUAGACGUCAUUUGUGCUACCAUUGCAUUUGGUAUGGGAAUCGAUAAACCGGAUGUACGAUAUGUAAUCCAUUUUAGCAUGCCAAAAUCAAUCGAAGGAUACUAUCAAGAGACCGGUCGAGCCGGACGCGAUGGCUUAAAUUCAUAUUGUGCAAUCCUUUAUAGUUAUAAUGAUUCAAUAAGAAUUAGAAAAAUGAUCGAAGGGGAAAAUAAUACACAAGGUGUACGAACGAUGCAUCUGAGUAGUGUGCUUCAAAUCGUGGCAUAUUGUGAAAAUGUUUCAAUUUGUCGACGGAAGUUGCUCGUAGAACAUUUUGGCGAGGUUUACGAUGCAGAAGCUUGUCGUACAAGUAAAUCUCCUUGUGAUAUUUGUGUCCAGCAAAUCAAGAACGCGAACGCAUACAAAGUUUACGAUGUGACCGAAGAAGCGAAACUUGUAGCUCAGAGCAUGCUGCGUAUGCAUAACGUUACUUUGAAAUACCUCGCCGACUUAUAUCGUGGUCAUAUGGGACAAAAAAAAUUCGCAGAUAUGGCUGUUCGGUUGGGUCACACCAAAUAUGCAAUGUUCGGACGUGGUGCUGGGAUGCAAGAAAUGGAUGCACUAAGAUUUGUUAGGAAACUAGUAAUUGAUGGCAUUAUCACGGAGCAGCUUUAUAAUACGAAAUUUGAUACAACGGUUGCUUAUGCUGAACUGACAGAACUAGGUCGAGAAUUAGCGAGCGGACAGAAUAGGAUGAAGGUCUAUCUUCACAUAUCAAAUCAGCCGGAAGGUAGUCGACGUUCUCAUGGAAUGGAAGUAACAGCACUAAUGUCGAUAAAUAGUGUCAGUGAAGUAGAGGCUCUGAAGGAAAAAUAUAUGGUGAAGCAUGCGGACUUGUUUAGCAAGUGUAAAAAUGAUCUUUUGCGGUUGUUUUCUGACAUUGCAUCUGCAGAGGGCCUUAGCAGUUAUCAGCCCAUUAUUAAUUCCGAAGGUAUUGAACAAAUAGCAGCAUUAAUGCCGCGUACGUAUUCUGAUCUGUUGCAAAUUGAUAGCAUGACUGUGCGAAAGGCUGAACGAUAUGGGGCUCAAAUCAUGUGCAUGCUAAAGGAGUACUGGAAUGAACUCGAUGUACAAAUAAAAAUUAUCAUUGAAUUUAAAGCUCGUGAAGAGAAUGAAAUCAAGCGACAGCUGAACCAUAUGAAUAUGAAUAAAGAUAUCGUCGGCGGUUUCAGAGAUAUACAAAUGGAUGGUACAGUUGUUCUAACUUCAGAAGUAGUUUCCGGUCGCGGAAAGUAUAUGCCUUAUUUCGGAACACCAACUCGUUCUACUCAAAUCGGAAGUGGACGAGGAAAGGAUCGCAAGAGGGGAUUCAAUGGAUCACAAACAUCUACUUCGUCAAGAAGCUCAACUCGCUCUAGAUAUGGAUGGAAGAAAACUUCCACGUUUCGUACAAUGAAAACACCUAUAAAUCGAUCACUUUUCCCAAAUCUGUAA